CCGAUGACUGCGGCGCCGGAAGCCGGGCCCCGGCUGCAGCACUAGUCUUUGGCCCCGGUCCGGGAGCUGGAGUCCCACAGAAUCAUAGGACUCCCCAUCCUCGUAGAGCUUCCUCAAGGGGUGGAGUCGCUGGGUCCCAUCCUAUUGCGACCCCCUGGGUCGGAGGCAGAGGCUGUCAUGGAGCAAUGUGCAUGUGUGGAGAGAGAGCUGGACAAAGUCCUGCAGAAGUUCCUGACCUAUGGGCAGCACUGUGAGCAGAGCCUGGAGGAGUUGCUACACUAUGUGGGCCAGCUGCGGGCUGAGCUGGCCAAUGCAGCACUCCAAGGGACCCCUCUCUCAGCUACCCUCUCCCUGGUGAUGUCCCAGUGCUGCCGGAAGAUCAAAGACACUGUCCAGAAACUGGCUUCAGACCAUAAGGACAUUCACAGCAGCGUGUCCCGAGUGGGCAAAGCCAUUGACAGGAACUUUGACUCUGAGAUAUGUGGUGUAGUCUCCGACGCGGUAUGGGACUCACGGGAGAAGCAGCAGCAGAUUCUGCAGCUGGCCAUUGUGGAGCACUUGUACCAGCAGGGCAUGCUCAGUGUUGCUGAGGAGCUGUGCCAGGAAUCAACACUGAAUGUGGACUUGGAUUUCAAGCAGCCCUUCUUGGAGUUGAAUCGAAUCCUGGAAGCUCUGCACGAACAAGACCUGGGGCCUGCACUUGAAUGGGCCGUUUCUCAUAGGCAGCGCCUUGUGGAGCUCAACAGUUCCCUGGAGUUCAAGCUACACCGACUGCACUUCAUCCGUCUCCUUGCAGGCGGCCCUGAGAAGCAGCUGGAGGCCCUCAGUUAUGCCCGGCACUUUCAGCCUUUUGCUCGACUCCACCAGCGGGAGAUUCAGGUGAUGAUGGGCAGCCUUGUGUACCUGCGGCUGGGUUUGGAGAAGUCGCCCUACUGCCACCUCCUGGACAACAGCCACUGGGCAGAGAUCUGUGAGACCUUUACCCGGGAUGCUUGUUCCCUGCUGGGGCUCUCUGUGGAGUCCCCACUCAGUGUCAGCUUUGCCUCUGGCUGUGUGGCGCUGCCCGUGCUGAUGAACAUCAAAGCUGUGAUUGAGCAGAGGCAGUGCACUGGGGUCUGGAGUCACAAGGAUGAGUUGCCGAUUGAGAUUGAACUAGGCAUGAAGUGCUGGUACCACUCGGUGUUUGCUUGCCCCAUCCUCCGCCAGCAGACAUCGGAUUCCAACCCUCCCAUCAAGCUCAUCUGUGGCCAUGUCAUUUCCCGAGACGCACUAAACAAGCUCAUUAAUGGAGGAAAGUUGAAAUGUCCUUAUUGUCCCAUGGAGCAGAACCCAGCAGACGGGAAACGCAUCAUAUUCUGAUUGCUGCCUGGAAGGAACUUUGUUGGAAGGGGUUUUCUCCCAUGAGCCUCAGUCUGUCUAGGGGCGGAUGGAUGAGUAGCUUUAGUGGAUUGGAAUUCAUUUCAGAGGAACUGGCUGAGGAACACUACCAUGGGGUGGAGCCUGUCCAAGCAUUUGGCAGAGGCCAAGAAAAGAGGUUAAGAGCUAGACUGGGCAGCUACCUCCUUGGCUAUAAGGAAAGGGAAAUGCUAGCCUCUGUACUCUUGCUGUUUAUAUUUGCCCCACUUAGCAACUGACAGAGUAGCAAAGGUCUCGGACAUCAGCAACAAUCUUCCACCCCAUCCUCAGCCAUGGCUUUUACUGCCAUGUGAAGGCUGUAUCCACCUCUGCCUCUCAGCCUAGAUCCAKCUGUGGCCAGCUCCUCCCACUGUAUAGCCUCAACUGUAUAUCCAUUCCCCGUUGUAAAUAGUCCAAGUUAGAACUGAAUGCUGUUGUUUUAUAACUUUGAGCAAAUAUAUUCACAGCUCUUCUCCUUA